AUGGAACAGGACAAUGGGAACAUGCAACUUGUGAAAAAGUCGUCGAUUGUAAGGACAUUCUGGAAUAAAAUCCCGAUGCCUCGUGUGGUAUUUCAGAGGAGAUUCGAUGGGAUGUUAGAAUUUUAUCGAAACUUUUCGGAAUACGAGAAUGGUUUUGGUGCAAAAGAUGGCGAAUUCUGGCUAGGCCUUAAAUACAUACAAGAACUAGCUGCACAAGGGGCAACGGAGGUUAGGCUGGACAUGUCCAAAGCAGGCGAUACGGAAGCAUAUGAAACAUUUCAAGACUUCAGUCUGACAGGAACUAGCUAUACACUCAACAUUGGGUCGCGCACAGGUUCAACAGGAAUAGCUGAUCAUGGUUUACAAUACCACAAUGGAUAUCUAUUCACCACCUUCGACCGCGACCGUGACUCUAGAAUCGGUGGUAAUUGUGCUGUUGACAGACACGGGGCAUGGUGGUACGGCGAGUGCGGAUACGUAAAUCUAAACGGAUACUAUUGUACACCGGGUACUGUGUGCAAUGUCGCUCUGGCUGAGAGAGGUAGUUCUGCACGUUUGGUAAAACGGAAGUGGUGGCGUAACGUCAUUUAUCCGGAAAACAUGUGA